CUCAGAGUUCAACCGUUGCACAGCUCUAGAAGAAGCACUCUACCCAAGUUCACAGGUACUACUGCUUCUCUUUCAUCUCACCGCUACACCUAUAUCCUCCCACCACAACCACGAGAAGAGAAAAACAGAUAUAUAAAAUAUCACAAUGGGACACAAGCGCUCACGCUCAGCCUCCUUCGCACCCUCAGACUCUCCAGACUCACCCCACUCCCGCGAACCAACCCCCGACGUCAAGAUCGUGCACCUCACCACCAAUUCCUCAAACGCAACAACAGCAACGACAAACUCCACAGCAAUGAAAUGCACACUCCCGCCUCACCCGCCCCUUACCUUCCCCUCCUACUCCGCCUACGAAACGCACUACCACCAAACCCACACGAACCGCUGCUCGACCUGCCACACCAACCACCCUUCCCCCCACUUCCUCGACCUCCACAUAACCGAACACCACGACCCCAUCACCGCGGCGCGGAAAGACCGGGGCGACAAAGUGUACGCAUGCCUAGUCCCCGAGUGCGACCGUCUAUGCUCGACACCCGCGAAGCGAAGACUCCAUUGUAUCGACAAGCAUGGGUUCCCGAAGAACUACGACUUCUUCGUCGUGAAGGACGGGAUUGAUAGGCGGUGGAGUCUGCUGAGGCCGUCGAAAGAGGGGAAUGGGCACAGGAGGAGGUCGAGCACGAUGACGUCGUCGGCGAGUACGGCGAGGGAUGAUAUGGAGAUUAGUACUAUUGGUAGCCAUGACGAGGACGAGGAAGAUGGUGGUUCCUCAGAUGGGUCGUCGUCGCCGUUGUCUCCGCCUACGUCGCCCCGCGCGCCUGUCAGACUGCAUGGCAGAGGUGGGUUCACGCAUCCCCCACGGCAAUCCCAGUUCGGCCGGGGGAGAGGCCGCGGGAGAGGCGUGUCGAAAUCGGUCGCCAAGUCGCCCGAAGUCUUGAAAGCUGUGCCCGCGAAGCCGAUGAAGAAAGACGACGACACUGCGGACCCAAUGGACGGCCUCACGUCCAGUAUGUCUUCCUUGCAGUUCGUGCCGCAUGCCGUGCGGACUGCGAGGGGCAGAGGGAGGGGC